AUGAUUGAUCUUGGAAAAAGGAAAAAAUUUCAAGGUUUUCAUGGUGGACAAUUGAAACCAUCUGGAAGUUUCUUAUCACAAUCUUUGAGGAUCUCCUUAAUGACACUUGUAAUUUUAAGAUUAGAAGUGUCAAGUACUUGUAACUGGAUGGCUUUGCAAAGGCAAUUGGCGGCUUCAAGAUUAGUGAGAUCAUUCAAACGAGAGCAACAUUGUCCAGCAUUUCCGUCCUUACUUCCACCAUUAAAAAUAGCACAUACACUAAAUUGUUGGACAUUCUUUGAGCAAUUUGCUAGAACAGUAGAAGGUGGUGGGGGAGUUGAUUGUGGAGGGGGAGGAGAAUUCAAUGUGAUAGGAGGUGGAGGGGGAGCUGUGUUGGGAGGAGGUGGCAGAGUUGAUUUUGGAGGUGGAGGGGGACUCAAUAUCGGAGGUGGGGGAGGAGUUAAGUGGGGUGGGGGUGGUGGAGUUGAUGUUGGAGGUGGUGGGGGAGUUGAGUUUGGAGGGGGCGGGGGCUGGGGAGUUGCUGUUGGAGGUGGAGGGGGCUUUGAAAUGGGAGGGGGCGGGGAAGUUAAUAUAGAAGGUGGAGGGGGGGUUAAUGUGAGGGGUGGCGGAGGAGUGUUGAGAGGGGGCGGGGGAGUUGAUGUUGGAGGUGGAAUGGGAGUUGAGUUGGGAGGGGGAGAUAAUGUGAGAGGUGGCGGAGGAGUUGGGAUGGGAGGAGGAGGAGUUGAUAUCGGAGGUGGAGGGGGAAUUAAAAGAGGUGGGGGACUAUUAAGUUCAAUAGGUGGUGGCGGGCUUACAAUUUCUAUAGAUGGUGGGGGGUUUCUGAUUUCUACUGGUGGAGGACUUUUUACUCCAAUGGGCGGUGGGGGACUUUCUGAGUCAAUAGGUGGUGGUGAACUUUCCGAAUUGAAAGGAGGCGGAGGACUUUCUAAUUCGGAAGGUGGCGGGGGACUAUCUGAAUCAACAGGAGGAGGUGGACUUUUUGUUUCAAUAGAUGGUGGAGGAGUUUCUAAUUCAACUGGUGGUGGAGUGCUUUCAACUUUAACAGGUGGUGGUGGAUUUUCAAUGUCAAUGGGUGGUGGAGGUGCACGUUCAGAUUCUAGAGGUGGUGGGGGACUCUCAAGUUCGAUAGAUGGUGGGGAAUUUUGGGAUUCCACAGGGGGAGGGGAAGAUCCUGAUUCAACAGGUGGAGGGGGACUUUCUACUUCCAUUGAUGGCGGUGGAAUUUCUAUUUCAAUAGGUGGUGGCGAACUAUUAGAUUCGGUAGGAGGUGGGGGACUCUCAAAUUCAACAAGUGGUGGAGAAUUUCCAGAUUCCAAUGGCGGAGGAGGAGUUCCUGAUUCAAUGGGCGGACUUUCUACUUCAAUAGAUGGCGGUGGAGUUUCUGUUUCAAUAGGGGGCGGUGGACUUUCUAUUUCAAUAGGUGGCGGAGGACUUUGUGAUUCCAUUGGUGGAGGAGGACUAGUUGAUACUGGUGGUGAGGGACUUUCUAAAUCUACAGGUGGAGGAGGAUUACUUGAUUCAAAAGGUGGCGAGGGAGUUUCUAUUUCAGGUGACUGGGGUGUUUCUGAUUCAACUGGGGGCAGAGGACUUUGUAAUUCGGAAGGUGGCGGGGGACUAUAUGAAUCAACGGAUGGAGGUGGACUUUUUGUUUCGAAAGAUGGGGGAGGAGUUUCUAAUUCAACUGGUGGUGGGGGGCUUUCAAAGUCAACAGGUGGCGAUGGAUUUUCAAUGUCAAUAGGUGGUGGAGGUGCACGUUCAGAUUCUAGAAGUGGUGGGGGACUCUCAAGUUCGAUAGGUGGUGGGGAAUUUUGGGAUUCCAUAGGGGGAGGGGAAGAUCCUGAUUCAACAUGUGGAGGGGGACUUUCUACUUCCAUUGAUGGCGGUGGACUUUCCAUUUCAAUAGGUGGUGGCGGACUAUUAUGUUCGGUAGGUGGUGGGGGACUCUCAAAUUCAAUAGGUGGUGGGGAAUUUCCAGAUUCCACAGGCGGAGGGGGAGUUUCUGAUUCAAUGGGAGGAGGAGGACUUUCUACUUCAAUAGAUGGCGGUGGAGUUUCUAUUUCAAUAGGUGGAGGAGGACUUUGUGAUUCCAUUGGUGGAGGAGGACUAGCUGAUACUGGUGGUGAGGGACUUUCUAAAUCUACAAGUGGAGGAGGAUUAUUCGAUUCAAAAGGUGGCGAGGGAGUUUCUAUCGCAGGUGUCUGGGGUGUUUCUGAUUCAACUAGUGGCGGAGGACUUUCUAAUUCAGAAGGUGGUGGGGGACUAUCUGAAUCAACGGGUGGAGGUGGACUUUUUGUUUCGAUAGAUGGUGGAGGAGUUUCUAAUUCAACUGGUGGUGGGGGGCUUUCAAAUUCAACAAGUGGCGGUGCAUUUUCAAUGUCAAUGGGUGGUGGAGGUGCACGUUCAGAUUCUAGAGGUGGUGGGGGACUCUCAAGUUCAAUAGGUGGUGGGGAAUUUUGGGAUUCCAUAGGGGGAGGGGAAGAUCCUGGUUCAACGGGUGGAGGGGGAUUUUCUACUUCCAUUGAUGGCGGUGGACUUUCUAUUUCAAUAGGUGGUGGUGGACAAUCAGAUUCGGUAAGUGGUGGGGGAAUUUCAAAUUCAAUAGGUGGUGGAGAAUUUUUAGAUUCCUCAGGCGGAGGGGGAGUUCCCGAUUCAAUGGGCGGAGAAGGACUUUCUACUUCAAUAGAUGGCGGUGGAAUUUCCGGUUCAAUAGGUGGCGGUGGACUUUUUAUUUCAAUAGGUGGAGGAGGAUUAUUUGAUUCAAAAGGUGGCGAGGGAGUUUCUAUUGCAGGUGUCUGGGGAGUUUUUGAUUCAACUGGGGGCGGAGGACUUUCUAAUUCGGAAGCUGGCGGGGGACCAUCUGAAUCAACAGGUGGAGGUGGACUUUUUGUUUCGAUAGAUGGUGGAGGAGUUUCUAAUUCAACUGGUGGUUCCGGGCUUUCAAAUUCAACAGGUGGCGGUGGAUUUUCAAUAUCAAUGGGUGGUGGAGGUGCACGUUCAGAUUCAAGAGGUGGUGGGGGACUCUCAAGUUCAAUAGGUGGUGGGGAAUUUUGGGAUUCCAUAGGGGGAGGGGAAGAUCCUGAUUCAAUAGGUGGAGGGGGACUUUCUACUUCCAUUGAUGGUGGUGGACUUUCUAUUUCAAUAGGUGGUGGCGGACUAUCAGAUUCGAUAGGUGGUGGAGGACUCUUAAAUUCAAUAGGUGGUGGAGAAUUUUCAGAUUCCACAGGCGGAGGGGGAGUUCCUGAUUCAAUGGGCGGAGGAGGACUUUCUACUUCAAUAGAUGGCGGUGGAGUUUCUGUUUCAAUAGGUGGUGGUGGAAUUUCUAUUUCAAUAGGUGGCGGAGGACUUUGUGAUUCCAUUGGUGGAGGAGGACUAUCUGAUACUGGUGGUGAGAGACUUUCUGAAUCUACCGGUGGAGGAGGAUUAUUUGAUUCAAAAGGUGGCGAGGGAGUUUCUAUUGCAGGUGUCUGGGGCGUUUCUAAUUCAACUGGCGGCGGAGGACUUUCUAAUUCGGAAGGUGGCGGGGGACCAUCUGAAUUAGCUGGUGGAGGUGGACUUUUUGUUUCGAUAGAUGGUGGAGGAGUUUCUAAUUCAACUGGUGGUGGGGGGCUUUCAAAUUCAACAAGUGGCGGUGGAUGUUCAAUGUCAAUGGGUGGUGGAGGUGCACGUUCAGAUUCAAGAGGUGGUGGGGGACUCCCAAGUUCAAUAGUUGGUGGGGAAUUUUGGGAUUCCAUAGGGGGAGGGAAAGAUCCUGAUUCAACAGGUGGAGGGGGACUUUCUACUUCCAUUGAUGGCGGCGGACUUUCUAUUUCAAUAGGUGGUGGUGGACUAUCAGAUUCGGUAGGUGGUGGAGGACUCUUUAAUUCAAUAGGUGGUGGAGAAUUUUCAGAUUCCAAAGGCGGUGGUGGUGGAAUUUCUAUUUCAAUAGGUGGCGGAGGACUUUGUGAUUCCAUUGGUGGAGGAGGACUAUCUGAUACUAGUGGUGAGGGACUUUCUGAAUCUACAGGUGGAGGAGGAUUAUUUGAUUCAAAAGGUGGAGAGGGAGUUUCUAUCGCAGGUGUCUGGGGUGUUUCUGAUUCAACUGGUGGCGGAGGACUUUCUAAUUUGGAAGGUGGCGGGGGGCUAUCUGAAUCAGCUGGUGGAGGUGGACUUUUUGUUCCGAUAGAUGGUGGAGGAGUUUCUAAUUCAACUGGUGUUGGAGGGCUUUCAAAUUCAACAGAUGGCGGUGGAUUUUCAAUGUCAAUGGGUGGUGGAGGUACACGUUCAGAUUCAAGAGGUGGUGGGGGACUCCCAAGUUCAAUAGGUGGUGGGGAAUUUUGGGAUUCCAUAGGGGGAGGGGAAGAUCCUGAUUCAAUAGGUGGAGGGGGACUUUCUACUUCCAUUGAUGGCGGUGGAAUUUCUAUUUCAAUAGGUGGUGGCGGACUAUCAGAUUCGGUAGGUGGUGGAGGACUCUUAAAUUCAAUAAGUGGUGGAGAAUUUCUAGAUUCCACAGGCGGAGGGGGAGUUCCUGAUUCAAUGGGCGGAGGAGGACUUUCUACUUCAAUAGAUGGCUGUGGAGUUUCUGUUUCAAUAGGUGGUGGUGGACUUUCUAUUUUAAUAGGUGGUGGAGGACUUUGUAAAUCCAUUGGUGGAGAAGGACUAUCUGAUACUGGUGGUGAGGGACUUUCUGAAUCUACAGGUGGAGGAGGAUUAUUUGAUUCAAAAGGUGGCGAGGGAGUUUCUAUUGCAGGUGUCUGGGGUGUUUCUGAUUCAACUGGUGGCGGAGGACUUUCUAAUUCGGAAGGUGGCAGGGGACCAUCUGAAUCAACAGGUGGAGGUGGACUUUUUGUUUCGAUAGAUGGUGGUGGAGUUUCUAAUUCAAGUGGUGGUGAGGGACUUUUAACUUCAAUAGGUGGCGGUGGAUUUUCAGUGUCAAUGGGUGGUGGAGGGGGAGGAGAAGAUCCUGAUUCAACAGGUGGAGGGGGACUUUCUACUUCUAUAGAUGGCGGUGGACUUUUUAUUUCAACAGGUGGUGGCGGACUAUCAGAUUCGUUGGGUGGUGGGGGACUCUCAAGUUCAAUAGGUGGUGGAGAAUUUUUAGAUUCCACAGGUGGUGGCGGACUUUUAUGGUUAAUAUAUGGUGGCGGAGGUGACAAGGGACUUUCUGGUUCAACUGGUGAAGGGGGACUAACUUGUUCAGCAGGUGGCGGGGGACUCUUUGGUACAAUAGGUGGUGAUAGGGAAGGUGGUGGCGGACUUUUAGUAUUUACUGGUGGUGGUGGACUGCUCUUUCUAACAGGUGGUGGUGGACUUUGUGGUUUAAUUGUUGGAGGAGGAGGUGUAAGUGGACUUCUAGGUCCUACAGGUGGAGGGCAAAGUGGCGGUGGAGAUCUUAAUUUGGGAGGUGGUGGGGGAGAUUUUAAUAUAGGAGAUGGGGGAGGAGAUUUGGGUUUAGGAGGCGGUGUGGGAGAUUUGAAUUUAGGAGGUGGUGGUGGAGGAGAUUUGGGUUUAAAUGGUAGUGGGGGAGAUGUAAAUUUGGGAAGCUGUUGA